AUGACGGACAAGCCGAAACGUCCUAUGUCAGCUUACAUGAUUUGGCUAAACAGUGCAAGAGAACAGAUCAAGUCUGAGCAUCCCGGUCUCAAAGUCACCGAAAUAGCCAAAAAGGGAGGUGAAAUAUGGAGGUCAAUGAAAGACAAGAGUGUGUGGGAAGAAAAAGCGGCAAAAGCAAAGGAGCAGUACACUAAAGACCUAGAAUCAUAUAAUGCCAAUGGAGGAGGUGGUGAAGGUGGUGGCAAGAAGCCACAAAAGCGAGGAAAGAAGGGCAAGAAAGCACCUGCACCCAAGGCCAAAAAGAAGAAGGAGGAGUCAGACGAUGAGGAUGGCGCAGAAGAGGAGGAGGAGGAAAGCGAAUGAUCUCCUAAACAUAGGCAUUUCUGUUCAUAUUGAAUAAAUUUACUGGAUUUAAUUUAUUAACAAAGUAAAAUCGGACUGACUUUCCAAAGUCUGUAAUUGCAUAUGUUCUUAAUUUUUAUACGAGUAUUACAGAUUAUUAAUUCAAAGAAAAUGUUUAAUUAACAAUUUGUAUUUAUGAGGAUUUUGGUCGAUAUGAUGAAAUUGUUGAUUAUUUGACAGGUGUUAUUUACUACUUAUGUCUUUUGUCGUAGUAUUUUAUAGUGUUUAGGUUUAAGUGUGCAGAGUUUGGAAAGUUUCACCGCAGGCUAGGGUCUUUAGGGUUACCGAGCCUAAAAAAAAAUAAUGUUUAAGUGUUAGCAUGUAUACACUGGGGAAUUGUACAGUUAGCCCUCCCUCGUUAAGUUCGCUGUGACUCUGGAUGCUCACCUUUAAAAUGUACCUUGAAUGGUUUUAUCAAAACUAUGUCUACUACAAUCCUUUUGCCGUAAAGCUGUGCUUUAAAUUUGGUAUGCCAUAAGUAUAAUUUACGUCAUAGAUUUAUUUUGCCCCACAAAGACAAUAGUUUUGGUCAGACUAUAUCAACAUGUAAAAUUAGAGACAAUUCCAUUUGGAUGUGACGGCUUAUUGUUAAUUAAACCUACCUCUCUCUCAUUGUAAAUUUCAAUGCUUAUAAUGGUACUGUUAGGAAAUUGAUGUAUGUUGUAUUUUUAGUUAUAGGUAGGUUUCAAUGUGAUUAGUCUCUGAAAUUUUACAUUUGUGUUAUUUUAUAAAUGAGUUUUAGCAUUCCUCAUGUCAAUACGGAUUUUACAUGUUCAAUAAAGUAAUUUCAUAUAAGAUUCUAUUUUUCAA